ACGGGCUUAGCAAUCCCGAGGUACCCGAGCUAAAGGAGAGCUAGAGGGCUCCAAUAGAAGAGAAGUAAGAGAUGCUGCACAGUAUUAAAACAAUGCAGGAAUCAUGUAAGACGAUAAAAAGAAGAAUGGAAAUAAGCUAGUAAUAAGUAAGCAGUAGUGCAAUAACUGUAUAAUAACUCACGCACUUUAAAUAAAUGAACUUUAAUGAAUUCUAAAUGAACUUUAAAUAAGAAGUGUGAUGUAUUGGAAGAGGUAAUAAAUUAGAAUUAGCAUAACAACGAAAUAUACAUUUAAACUAAAAAAUAUAUAUAUAUAUACUCUCUACAGACAGCGGUGCCCACUCCGAGAGAGCCAAAACAAAACAUGCUUAGCGAUUGUACACAUACACACACACUCAGGAACAUGCAUACAUUACAAGAAGAAUGGAAAUAAGCUAGUAAUAAGCAAGCAGUGGUGCAAUAACUUUGUAUACUAACUCACUCACUUCAAAUAAAUGAAUGAAUGAAUGAUGGCUACCAAUGUCCCGGUAGUCUCGGCUCCAACCCUCCAGGACUUGGAAAACGUUUCCUCUUCCACCAUGAAUUCUGCAAAACAUAAAUACACCAAACCCGGACUUUUGGAUCCACCGCUCAUCUCAAGGAUUUAUUACAUCCCCCAAUUAAGAAAGAAGAUUCCUCCGAAGAAAAAGCCCUGGAAGCGUUCGCCAUUAGCGCUCUAUCUCCGCAGAGCAAUCCCGCGCCAGCAAUGGGAAGUCAUGUUCGCGUUGGACAAGUUUUUUCGAGCCCGGGCGCGCGAGACCCAUCCUUCGAUAAAUCGUCCCGGCGAGAAAAUGCCGCUGGUUCGACGACGUUUGGUCCUGGAAACGUUAUCUGGGAGCAGCAACCACCGAUUUAUCCCGCGUCGGCAGCGAACGCCAGCGAUCGUAACCUAAUCGCGAUGCAAUUAACCGAGCAGUUUCCAAUUAGGCCCGUAACAGGCGAUCCGAGCUUUUGCGCGACGCGCGCUGAUAUUAUUGCUGAAAAUAUUGCGGAUUGCCGGGAACGUCGGGAUGGAAAUAAUGUGUGAGCGUGAAGGGUAUUGCGAAGAGUAGCCAGAGAUAGGGUUGGGCAAUCUUUGGACGAGAUGACAGCGUUCGUGGCGAUUAUGAAUCCAUCAGGCGAUUGCGAGAGGAAUAAUAAGACCAUAUAGUAAGAAUGUAUAGUUAGAACGUGCUGAUAGUUUUCAAUUACCACCUACGGAAGAGUUGUGUAGUAUCCACUGUAAACAGAAGUGUCGUGGAUACACUAGUUAACACUUUAUACUACCGGGCUAUUUAGAAACAAUCUUUAAUUCAAAAAAGAAUCUUCUACAGUAGCAUAUACCAAUAUAGGCUGACAAUAAUUCCUCCAUACUGUUACUAAGUACAUUGAAAGCCAAGUCUGUUUCCAAAAACUGAACAUUGUAAGUAGACAACCAUCGACACAGUAAAUAAAUUCGAAAAGCUAAAGACUGGAAUUAAAAAGCCUAUAAAUAGGCUCCCGGUAAAUAAAGUGUUAAGGUUACGUUGUAUAUUUGUAUGGAAAACGCAUGCAAGACAUAUGUACCUACAUAAAUAUCCCACAUAUCAGUCCGCGGUAAUAACCCUUCUUUAUUGGAUAUACAGUUGUCUACACUCUGCACCAGUAUCUCAGCGCUUUAUACUCGAACCACCCCUAUACAAAAGAGUAUACCCUCAACAAACCUCCAACAAACCCUCAACGAACCCUCAAGAGAAAAACGAUAUAUUCCCCGAUGAGAUUUGCCAAGUGUCCCCCACACAGCAGAUUUUCUCAAGGCAGCCCAACAGUAAAAGCAGCCCCAUAAAUUAAAAAGAAAAAUAGAUCAGCGUGACACGGUGUACGAGGGCGCGCGGAAAGACGAAUAGGACUUCGCGAUCUGCGCGUACAGGACGCAGGGGGAAGGAGCUCGGUGAAUUACGUAGGUUCGUAAGUCAGUCUCGCGGAUUUCCGAAGAUAUCGGGAGAGGUACGACCCCGGCCCGCGGCGGGGCUCGGGCUUAUCCGCCGGCCGAUCUGGUCGGACAUUAUAGGGCCCGACAACGCGACCGGGUGGGAGGGAGAUGCUGACCGCUGGCGGAGUAUGGUCGGGCGAAAAAGAUUUUAUGAAAAUUGCCCCGUGGCCCGCGCUCGACGCUCGUUCGGCGCCCUUCGGUGGCCGUGGGCGUCUAGGCCACGCCCACCGCGAGUUCGUUCGCGACACGCCGCCCGUGACACGCCCCUACGAUUCGCCAUCCCCACUCCGUCUCCCUGGCUCUGUCUCUCUCCCACUCCCGUCCGCGCGCUGACGCUCUGAUCGCUCGCGGGGGGACUCAGUUCUCUCUCGACCGCGGUUCCACGCGGUUCGCGGUCUCUCUCGCGAGAUCCUGUCGCCGCCUCCGCCCCCGCCCUCGCGACUCCAUCGACCCUCUCCCCCCGCCCCUGGCCGAACGGCUCGCCAGAGGUGACUGUCCAGGGCAGUUUCGAAGCCGCAGUCAACGGUUGCACCGCGUUACAGGAAGUAGUCUCGCUCGGUUUGUUACUCUCCAUUGCGUGCCAGCGGCUCUCCGCUCGGUUCAGGAGCCUCCUUCCCAGCUUCGCGUGUCCUCCUAUCGGCGAUCGAAUGUGCGCGUCCCGCGUCCAAGGUAUCGAUAACGUCGUGUCUGACCUUGUCGCGGAGCACGGAGAGCGUAGGAUCCGUUCCGCGUGCAAGGAUACGUCGCUCCGCGAAAGGAGCGGCCGCGGUGGUACGGUGAAGUGACGGAAAAAGUGUGACGGAAUGACUAGUGCGCGAGUUCGCACGUGAUAAUCGACCCGAUGAUCGAACUCGAGUGGAAGCGAUUCGCGGGGGAAACGGCGACGCGAUCGUUCGAACUACGGAGGGCAGGAUUGCGCGAGUAAAUCGGAGGACAGUAUUCGUGCGGAUCCGAAGGUUGCCGAGAGGGAAAUCCGAUUUUCAAAAUCGAGGAGGCUGGUUGUCUUGGAGCUUUGAGAUUUCGAGUCGAGGAAGGAGCCACGGUGAAGGAGCAGCUCCAACCCCUGCGUCUGGACGGUAGGAUGCCGAGCAGCCACGACUGAUUACGAGUGAAUGCCGCGGUUCUAGCUCUCGAGGAGGAUGUUCCACGGGGGCGGAAGCGGUGGUUACGGUGCAAGUUCCGACUACCAGCAGCAAUCCCAGCAACAGCAACAGCAGCAACACGGGCAGCAGCUCCAGGCACCCGUCUAUGUGCCCUCCUCGAGGCCCACCAUUCCGUCGGCUGCGACGGCGGCCGCAGCCGCAGCCGCAGCUGCCGCGCAGUACCAUUCCUUCCCUGCGUCUGGCUCGCCGGCUUGGGAGAAGACAGCGGCCUCCUGGCAGCAUGGAGUGGAGACGUACGCCGCGCAUCACGCGCUCGCCGGCCACGCGAGCGGUUCCGCUUCCGCAGCCGCGGCUGCCGCGGCCGCGGCGGCCAUGGGCCAACACUCCGGCCACGGCCACCCCCACGCCGGCCACCCCCACACGGGCCACCCUCACUCCAGCCUCGCUGCCGCUGCGCCCUUCUACGCGCAGAACGUCGCCAUGAUGUCCUCCUGGCGCGCCUACGACGGAGCUGGAUUUCAACGGGCGUCGCCGUACGACACAGCGAUGGACUUUCAGUUCGGCGAGGGCCGCGAGUGCGUGAACUGCGGAGCGAUCUCUACGCCCCUGUGGAGACGUGACGGCACCGGGCAUUAUCUAUGCAACGCGUGCGGACUUUAUCACAAGAUGAACGGAAUGAACAGACCGUUGAUCAAACCCUCUAAACGGCUGACAGCGACCAGAAGGCUGGGGCUGUGCUGCACGAAUUGCGGGACCCGCACCACCACCCUCUGGAGGCGCAACAACGAGGGCGAGCCGGUGUGCAACGCGUGCGGUCUCUACUUCAAGCUGCACGGGGUGAACAGACCCCUAGCGAUGCGGAAGGACGGCAUACAGACGCGGAAACGCAAGCCGAAAAAGACGCCGGAACCGAACGCCAGACCUUCUGCUGGGGACCAUGAGGCCACCGCCGUCUCGAACGCUUCGUCGCCGUCCAACGAACUGAAGAGCAACCAGCAGCAGCAGCAGCAGCAGCAGCAACAACAACAACAACAGCAACAACACCAGCACCAGCAACAGCAGCAACAGCAUCAAAUCGACGGUUCCAAGCCGUCGAGCGGCGCUUCCAGUUCGACAGACAGACCAGUCUACCUAGGCCACACGUCCCUGCUGGCCACAGGCAGCGUGGCCACCGUGAAAACGGAGCCCCGAAGCUGCGACGGCAUCGUCGGGCAGCCCUACUCCUCGUACUACCAGCAUCAUCCCCAUCAGUUAGGCGUGUCGACCAGCGAGCAUCAGCAACAGACGUACUACGGGAGCCAGGAGGCACCCUACCAUCAUCAGCACCACGUCACGGCCGCCGCAAAACUCCUCGCCUCAUCGUAACUCGUCCAUUAACGGUCAAAAGACGAAGGAAACCUUUCGCGGAAUCUUCCACAUGGAAGUGCACGAGGAACGAAGGAACAGAAAGAAAAAGUACAUUACCAUGCGUCUGCACCGUCGAUGACGAUCCAGGUCACGUUUGGAGUCAUCCUAAGACCCAAGGAACAUCACCUUAGCAAUAGCAAAGUAACAUGGCGAUUUUUGUGAAGCCUGAAAGCCAGCAUCAAAGAGUAUAUUCAUCGAAUGGAGUCGAAACUUAUAACUUAGAAUUGUGGAGAAAAUGACUCUCUUCCCGUGGCUCAUUUAUUGAAAAUAAAUAAGGCUGGAUUUCGAGACCUUGAAUGAAAAAGGUUUGGUGGGACCUCCUCGAUCAUGAGUAUCAUCAUGUACAGUGUUUCAUCUGCGACGCAACUAUUCAUAAAAAUUAGUGUGUUACAGUUGA